CACGGAUACUAUUAUCUAAUAAGAUAUCCCACCAACCGUGGAAAGAUAUAUCAACAGUUACGGUGGCUUUAGAGUUAUCAUUAUCUGUGUGAACCAGAGCGUGGCCUUGAACCAAUCGACAUGGUUUCCACACCAUUCCACUCCAUCAUCUUUCUCUUCCUCGCCUUUUCCGGCGGAGUCAAAAUCUCCGUCGCUGAUGAGCCGAAGACCGAUCCUGUUCCUGCGCCAUGGCCGGAGCAGUUCCACGCGUUGAUGCUCAUGAAUAAAUCUGGUUCCAUUGAGAUUGUUGACCUAUGGUACGACUGGAUCAAUGGCCGUAACUUUAACAUCAUUCAGAAGCAGCUUGGCAAACUAACCUACGACCUUGAAUGGAACAAUGGGACAUCUUUUUACUAUACACUCGACGCUUCCAAAACUUGCCGCACCGUUCAUUUCGAGGUUGGAAUCUUGAGGCCAAACUGGCUGGAUGGAGCAAACUAUUUGGGUCAACGAAAUGUGAGUGGGUUUCUCUGCAACGUAUGGGAGAAGGUUGACUUCUUAUGGUAUUAUGAAGAUGUUGUCACCAAGAGACCUGUUCAAUGGAUCUUCUAUACAGGUAGAGAAGCUCAUGUGAUGACAUUUGAGGUCGGAGCUGUCCUAGAGGACGAAAAAUGGCAGGCUCCAGUCUAUUGUUUCCACAAUGAAAACAAAAGCAGUGAGUAAUUGAAGAAUUUGAAACUGCGUUUUCAUUAUAUGUAGAGUUUUCGAAAUCUUUCAAGAAAUCAAACGUUUCAUUAAGUAGUCAUUUUCAUCUUUUAUCAUGCAGUAGAUACAGAGUUGUUUUCGUGGAGCAUAAAUAAAAGUAGAUGUCUUCUUAAUACACAGGCCUUUACUGGGCCUCACUUUUUUAUGUGGAUAAGUUAUAAGAAGCAAGUACUUUCACA